GACCACACUCUCCAGCUAAACCCAAAUUGUGUGCGUGCGUGCAUGUGUGAGUGUGUGCGUGUGCGUGUGUGUGUGUCUGCAUUUUUUUUUCCUGACAUGAAAAAGGAAACCAGUAUUUGAGUAUUUGUUCUCUGUGCCUGUGAAUGGUCGUCCUGAAGCCUUUUGAACCGUUUGAGUGGACUGAAAAAAGUGGAGGUGGCAGAAUUUAGCUGUGAAAAACUGGAGUUUUGGUUACCAUGCCGUGUGGUUGGAUGCCCUUCGUCUUGGCCUGGGUAUCCAUGGCAACCCCUACCUUCUGCCAAAGCGGCGAUUGGGGUUCGGGCUUUGACAUCUACUCGUCGAUAAUCGCCACCAACGACACGUCUCAGGCGGCUGGCGAUGAGCCGGUGAGGAUAGGGCACGAUCGGGACCGGGCCGCAUCGGCAGCUCUCCCGCCAUCACUUACGCCGACGCCGCAGUACGACCCCCGACCCGACGAGUGCUCGGUCCACUUCAGCACGAGCGCCGCUUCCCCCAGGAGGCUGAAGGCCCAGGAAGAGGAGCUGGCCUAUCUGCAGGUCAUCCAGCGCGGGAACAAGGCGGUGUUGGAGAACUUGGAGGCGUUCGUGGGGGCCGAGUUGGGAGAUCAGAGCUACGAAGAUGUGAUUAAGGAAAACAUCGUUGGCAUCGCGGACGACCACGGGAGUUUACACGGAGAGGUGGAGAAAGCUGAGGAGGACAUGAAAAAGCAGCUGGAAGGGGAGGCGCCGAUGCAGAAAAUCAGAGAAGAGUCGUCGUCCUUUGAAGAGAUGAUGCGGGCGGCCGCGGACAUCGCCAACAGGCUGGAGAUCUCGUCGAAGGCCCUGCACGCUUCGUUCACCAGGCAGCCCAAAGGCCUGGCCAAGAUGCAUCGCUAAGGAAGCGUUGGGGGAAAAAAGCAGCGCUGCUCUUUUUGUCACCCUCCAUCUGGGUGGGCACAUUCGGUGUCAUGUGCGAGGCCCGAUAUAUAAGGUUUCCUACGAUCUAAUAUUUUCAGUUAAUGUGUCUGUAUAUGAUUUGGAGCACUAGGAUGCGACAAUGUGUCACGGUCAGGCAUCGACUGUGGGAAGUUGACGGGAAAGUUAGGAGGAUGAAUGACGGACACGGCAAUAAAUAAUUGUUUCCUUUUCAACAAAGUUAUAACCCCUAUGAAAUAUUAGUUUCCAUCCAAGCGCUAUUUGUGGAAUUGGGUGAGGUCAAAUGUGGGAUCAGUAUGUGAUGCAGGUUUGAGCCAAGUUGAGUAUUUAUGGAUCAAACUAUAUUGACCAUCAGAGACCAAACGUAAUGGCUCUGGUGGUGUUCUCCAGCAGAAGGAUGGAGGGACCAUCUGGUUCCAGGGUGAGGAUGGAGGCCCCGCUCCAGGAGGACUUGUGGGCUCCAGGGGAUAAUUUGUUCUUAAAACAAACAAAGAAGUCAACUGGGGCCGCAUUGUUAUAAAGCACUGUUAUAACACAUUGUGAUAAAGCCUUGUUCUAAAACAGUGUUACAAAGCAUUGUUACAAAGCAUUGUUAUAAAGCAUUGUUACAAUGCAUUGUUAUAAAGCAUUGUUAUAAAGCAUUGUUACAACGCAUUGUUCUAAAGCAGUGUUACAAAGCAUUCUUACAAUGCAUUGUUAUAAAGCAUUGUUUCAAUGCAUUGUUAUAAAGCAUUGUUACAAAGCAUUGUUACAACACAUUUUUAUAAAGCAUUGUUACAACACAUUUUUAUAAAGCAUUGUUACAUCACAUUGUUAUGAAGCAUUGUUAUGACACAUUGUUAUAACACAUUGUUAUAACACAUUGUUAGAACACAUUGUUAUAAAGCAUUGUUAUAAAGCCUUGUUAUCUGUUGUUUGGAGAACAGUUUGCAUUAACCUGUGGUUGAGGUUUUCUCAAUUUGACGAUGCAGUGAUUAUGAAGUAUAAGAAGAAGGAAACAAACACACCAUCAUACCCUGAUUUGUCUCUUAAGACAAAGCGCCUCUUGGUGUGCACAAUGUUUAAAGGAUUUUUUACAGAAUGUAAAACCAUAGGACCAGAAAAGAACAAAUAUUUUUGGGUCUCGGCUGGAUUUACCGGUUUCAAAUGUGACCACUGUGCUUUUGUUGUGUAUCCAGGUGCAUUGUGGCAUUCUCACUUUCGCUUCGGCCGGAGUGCUUUCAUGUUUGGAAUCAUAAAAUGUGUAAUGCAUUUGUUCAAUGUA